AUGGCGCAGCUGGUAGCCACCUUAUCUGUGCGUGAUCGCAGAGUCUAUGACUGGCAGUUUGAGAAAAAUAAGCUGCCCCGCUCCCAAAUCGCUACACCCCUGCAGGAACCAGGUCCCAAGGAGCAUCAACUCCAGGUAAACGGUGUUAAUGUUGUGGCCCUGUUUGACUCAGGUGAAGAACCCAAAACAGAUGCUGUAGGGGUGACCACUGAGGUAUCGGACAGUUUUUCCCUUGCAGUAUUGGCUGGGGAUGAGGGUGAGGUGUCUAACCCUGAGCAGAAUGACUUGGAAGUGUCACGGGAGAACUUCGGGACUGCUCAGUUACAAGACUCCAUCCUGAAACAUGCAUGGGAAAAUGUAAGACCUACAAAGAUUGGAGCUCACAGUUCACCAGAAGAAUCCAGGAAGAGGAAGAAGAUGGACGAUGACAUCCCGCAGCCAGAAGAAAGGGCUGCUUUCUUCACACUCCUUGAAGACGAGCACAUCCAGUACUUUCUAGCCAGGGACAGCUGUCUUAAGAUCUCGGACAAGUAUCUCCUGGCCAUGGUCCUCACGUACUUUAGAAGAGCAAACCUGCGUACUGAGGAAUACAGGACUUACUUCUUCCCAAGUCUAUUUUUGGCCAACCAGUUUGAAGAGGAAGAGUUCUUUAGACGUGAGAUCUACCCCUGGGCCCUCGGAUUGAUGUGGAUGAUCCAGAAGAAGCAGCUUCAUCAUCUACGCAAUCAGAUGCUUAUCCGGAUGGGAUUCAGAGCUUGGGUGGAACGGGAAACCUGUGAUCUGAUCAUGGCACAAGACCCUGACCAUUGCGCAUGGAAGAGAGAGAGGAAAGUCCAUCACAGCUGGGCUAUACGCCAAUGCAGGAGGGAUGAUGCAGACUUCACCAUCACAGGUACAUGGAUCACCCCUGCACCCUGCUCUCUGUGUAACACCAUUCUCCAUCCAUGCCAGGAGGAAUAGAACAUCCAUUGCCAGGCAGAUACAUAGGAGGAACACAGAA